AUGGGUAAGGAUAAGUGCUGUAAAUGUGGUGGAGGUAUCAGUAAUGAUAAUCCUGGUUGUACAGCCAUUGGUGAAAUGUUCCAUGUGGCCUGUUUCACCUGUAGGAAAUGUGAUAAACAACUUGCCGGCGGGUCAUUUUACAAUGUUGAUGGUCAACCGCUUUGUGAGGAUGAUUAUAUAAAAUCAUUAGAACAGUGCAGCAGUUGUGGUAAACCAAUUACGGAAAAGCUAUUACGUGCAACCGGUGGUGUUUAUCACGUGGACUGUUUUGUGUGUACCGCUUGCAAUAAAUGCUUGGAUGGAGUUUCGUUUACCGUUGAUUCAGCUAAUAAAGUUCAUUGCGUCACCUGUUUCCAUGAAAAAUUUGCGCCUCGAUGUGCCGUAUGCUCGAAACCAAUCGUACCCGAGGAAGGUCAAGAAGAGUCAAUACGAAUUGUUGCAAUGGAUAAAAGUUUUCAUGUUAAUUGCUAUCGAUGUGAAGAUUGCAACAUGCAACUGAAUUCUAAAAUUGAAGGACAAGGAUGCUAUCCGUUGGAUCAACACUUGUACUGUAAAAAUUGUAACGGUAAACGAUUGAUUGCAUUAGCGAAAGAGUCUUGA